AUGUCGAAAAAAUCGUCUACCUCCACAAACCGCGGGGAACCGAUGAAGCAGAUGAGCUUAAAAAGUUUUAUCUCCAAAAAAGACAAACCAGCCAUCAUUGAAGAUUCGUGCACACCAACUGAAGCGGAGGCACAAAUAAGUUCCACAACAUCCUGCGAACAAACGAAGAUAACGUACUCACCUAGCAUUUUCAGACCGAAAGUUCCUCUACUUAGAAAAGCCGCCACUUUUGUGAAUCUGGUGAACAGCGAUUCGGAUGAUUCGAAUAAAUCGCCUGCUAAAGUGGCGCAAACCGUGGAGACAGUAAGACGGCUUCCACCUCGAAGUAUUUUCAAGGACCAACUUCAAAAAACACUGCCAAAAGCUCCGGAAACGAAUGGAUACGAUGAGUUCGAUGCUAUGGUGGAGCAAACCAGUACCGCUGCCUUAGAGCCUAUCAAUUACGAACCGUUAGAGUUGAACCUUGCCACAGACAAACGAUAUCUGGAAGCGACGAAAAAAUUGGAAGCUAAUCUUCACAAGCUGGCUGAAACGAAAAGCCCGAUAAAGCUACCAACAUUCGAGUUUAAGCAACAAAAGACAAGCCGCGUGUCGUUAAAGCUUGACAAAAACGGCGUAUUCGGCGACUCGUUUACCGACGAAGAGCCAGAGGAUGAUGAUUUUGUGAGCAAGAAAACGACUCACUCGACUUCCACUCCGGUCGGUAGUGCAGUUUCCAGUGUUUUGCCAACCGAAAAGUCACGUGAAAUACCGGUAAAACCGUACCAGGAAACAUCCACCGCGCUGGAGCGUUUACUAAGUCCUGAUAAGGGAUUGGGGCGCAUUCGGUUUGAUGAUGCGUUAAGCACCUGCCUGGAUGAGGUACGAAACAGUGCUGGAUUUAAUGUGAAGGCAUCGCAAGAACGUGACAUUCGCAAACAUGUACAGUAUCUCGAGAAGGCACAGCUUGGGCUACUGAAUCACUUUUACGAUUUGUUGGCACAAGUCCCGAGCAAUAGCUUCCGAUGUAUAGAUCCGGCUUUUAACGUUACCUGCUUUGAUCGGUUAAAAACGACCAUUGACACUGUUCGGGGAAAGAUUAAGGUGUACGAUCGUGUACUAUCGAGCAAGCAGCAACGACUAUCGAGCACGAAAUCGUUGAACGAUUCAAUUGUUGCUGGAAAUUCGUUAGAACGUUCGCGACAACAAGGAAACCCCAGCACGCCUAGUACGAUUCCGAUCGUGUAUGAGCUACCGUGCGAGGGGGAUAACUCGCAGGAUUGUACUGAUGUCAUUGAGAGCACACUGCCACACGUGGAUACAAGCCGUAAAAAUGGCUUCUCCUCAUCCUCCUCGACGCGAUUUGAAGAACUCGAGAAGGAAUUUGGGUUGAAAAAGUUGGAAGAAACAACGCCGGCUUCAUUCAAACCGAAAGCACCAUCGCAAGGAGCGGUUGGAAUUACAAAAUCUGCCAGCGGUGGUGCUACGUUUGUGUUCAAAAAACCAAUCGCUAGUACCCUAAUAAACAAUGUGGAUGUUCCGCCAAGCAUUGUUGAUCAGGCACCGAAGAAUGACGCGUUAUCGCAGCCCUUGCAAUCGAACGGCUUCGCAGCGGAAGAUGAUGAUCUGGUAGACGAUGACGACAUACUGAACAGUAUCCGGGAGGAAGAACUCAAGGACCAAGGACGAUCGUUCCAAACGAAUCUUAGCACCGUGAAUCUUAUAACACCCGACACAUCACUACGACGGUCAAAUCCACCGCGGAUAACGUUCCCGGUCGAACCGGAUCAUCCACCGGUACCAGCUCGCAAUACGCAGUUCAUAGAAAACAUUAAUACUCAACUGGAUGACGACGGAUGGCAGGUGUACGAUCCAUCGUUGUACGGUGAAGAGUCGUUGGAAGAGUUGUCCGCUCCAACCACGAAUCAACUUCCAAGCUCUGGAUCUUCAGCCUCGGGCAUGCUAGCAUCCAGUUCGGAUAUUGGACGAUUUCACGAGGGUAUACGUAACGAUGGUAUUACGGGCGAGUUCGAUGGUAUGGCCUAUCCGCAUUCGGCACGUUUGCAGGUCGCGUUCAAGGAAACGUUCGGCUUGCGAACGUUCCGACCGAACCAGCUUCAAGUCAUUAAUGCCACGCUGCUCGGCAUCGAUUGUUUCGUGCUGAUGCCAACGGGUGGUGGCAAGUCACUCUGCUACCAGCUGCCUGCAAUCUUAACCGUCGGUCUCACGAUUGUGGUCAGUCCACUGAAAUCGCUCAUACUCGAUCAGGUGCAAAAGCUUAAUUCGCUCGAUAUCGCGGCAGGCCACCUGUCGGGCGAAGCAAAUAUGGCGGACGUCCAACGUAUCUACGACGAUCUGUACAGUAGCUGCCCGGAACUGAAACUGCUCUACGUAACGCCGGAGAAAAUAAGCUCGUCGGCUAAGUUUCAAAAUCUGCUUAGUGCACUGUAUCGACGCGGACUGCUGGGCCGGAUUGUGAUCGAUGAGGCGCACUGUGUGUCUGCCUGGGGACAUGAUUUUCGACCCGAUUACAAAAAGCUUUCCGUGCUGCGGGAACAGUUCCCGACCGUACCGAUCAUCGCUCUGACAGCGACCGCAAAUCCACGCGUACGGAUAGACAUUUUAACGCAGCUAAAGUUGGCCCGUGAUACGCGUUGGUUUUUGUGUAGUUUUAAUCGACCGAACUUAAAGUAUCUGGUGCUGCCGAAGAAGGGUGCGUCGACAAAAACGGAAAUGAUCGAGCUGAUACGGAAGCGGUUCCCCCGCGACACAGGCAUUGUGUACUGUCUGUCGAAGAAAGAGUGUGACCAGCUGGCGGACGAGUUUCGGAGGGCCGGUAUUAAGGCGAAAAGUUACCACGCAGGUUUAACGGACAGUGUGCGGGAAACGACACAGAAGGAGUGGAUCGGCGAUCGUAUUAAGGUGGUGUGCGCUACAAUCGCGUUCGGGAUGGGUAUCGAUAAGCCGGACGUACGGUACGUGUUGCAUUACUGUAUGCCUAAGUCGAUCGAAGGUUACUAUCAGGAGUCGGGUCGUGCCGGACGUGAUGGAGAAAUUGCGACCUGCAUCCUGUACUACAACUACUCGGACAUGUUACGCUAUCGGAAAAUGAUGGACAAUGAUACCACCAUUUCCCUCGAAGCGAAACAGAUUCAUUUGAACAAUCUUUUCCGUAUGGUCAACUACUGCGAGAACGUGACCGAUUGUCGGCGGACGCAGCAGCUCGAGUACUUUGCUGAGUACUUCACCAGCGAACAGUGCCUAUCGAAUCGGGCAACCGCGUGCGACAACUGUCUGAUGCAGGGCAACUACAAGACGCUAAAUGCAACGGAAGACUGCAUCAUGAUAGCGAAAGCGGUUCGCGAUCUGUGCGGUGGCCGGAAUCGUUUCACGCUGCUGCACAUGGUCGAGGUGUUGAAGGGAAGCGAAAAUAAGAAGGUGAUGGAUAACGGCCACAACCGUACGGCGUACCAUGGGAAGCUCAAGUCUUGGGAGCGUUGCGACAUACAGCGAUUGCUGCGCAAGCUCGUCAUCGAUGAGUAUCUGAAGGAAGAUCUUAUCUUUAGCAACGAUAUACCGCAAGCGUAUCUGCGCAUCGGCACCAAGAUCGAAUCGCUCGUAAAUCGUUCGGUGCGUAUCGAAUUUUCGAUCAAGGAGAAGCUGGCGGGACGCGGAAAGCUCACCAAGACGGACGUUCCGGCUGCGUCAGCCCAAGAAUCAUCACAGAUCAGUGUCCAGCUAAAGGAUCUACAGAACCGGUGCUACAACGAUCUGCUCGAGAUUUGCCGUGCGAUCGCAAUGCAGAAGAACGCAACGUUGGCCUCGAUCAUGAACAUACAGGCGCUGAAAGCGAUGGCGGAAAAGUUACCGGAAUCACCGGGCGAAAUGUUAACGUUGCCGCACGUUACCAAGGCUAAUUUCGAAAAGUAUGGUAAACAGUUGCUGGAAAUAACGCAAAACUACGCCGCGGAAAAGCUGAUGCUUAUGAUGGAUACACAGGACCAGCAGGAAGCAGUUGAAUUGCUGGGUGAAAGUGGAACGGAUGGUAGUGAAGACGAACACACGAUGGGUGGUCAAGAUGACGGUACCGAUUGGGGUUCGUUGGCACGGGCAGCAUCACAGGGUGGGCGUGGAGGUGGCUACAAACGACGAAGCAGUUGGGGAGCGGGAGGUGGAGCAAGGGCGAAAAAGUUUCGGAAAACAACUACACGCCGUAAGGGGACGGCCACCGCGAGCAGACGGGGUGGGGCAACAGCGGCGUCCGGCACUGGUGCACGGGGAGCGAAACGGACGACAGCAACAGCGACCAAACGUGGUGGCAAAACAAGUUCACGUGGUGCGCCCCCCAAGGGUGGUGGUAGUUUCGGGUUGCUUCCAAUGCCUGGUGGAUAUUAG